GGUGAGCUUGAUAUAUAAGAAUCGUACUGGCCGACCGGUUUUAGUUAAUGUUUGGUGGGCGCGCAAGCAACACUGGAUAGCAACAUGAAUACACUUAUAUUCUUUGCAGCCGUCGUGGCCAUGGCUUCAGCCACUGGUGAGGAGAAGAUCCUCAAUGAUGGAAACAACGUGUUUACUGCCAACAUGUUUUCGGAGGUGGUAAAAGAGCAGGCCGGCAAGAGCGUGGUGAUGUCCGCCUUCUCUGUCCUGCAGCCGCUGGCUCAACUGGCCCUGGCCUCUGUCGGCGAGUCCCAUGACGAGCUCCUCAGAGCCAUCGGCCUUCCCAACGACAAUGUGACCAAAGCAGUGUUCCCCAAAGUGACCGCUCAACUUCGAGCAGUACAAGGAGUGAAACUGAACAUGGCCAACAAAAUAUACAUUCCCACAAACGCUCAAGUUAAGGAAGACUUUGCCGCACUCUCAAAGAGCGUCUUCGGUUCAGAAUUCAAGAACAUUGACUUUACGAAAAAUGUGCCUGCUGCUCAGGAAAUCAACUCAUGGGUGGAGGAUCACACAAACCACAAAAUCAAGGACUUGGUCGACCCGAACUCCCUGGGAGCUGAUACUCGUGCGGUCCUCGUCAAUGCUCUGUACUUCAAGGGUUCGUGGGAAAAAAAAUUCAAUGAUAAGGCUACUACUGAUCGUGACUUCCAUGUAACUAAAGACAAGACAGUGAAAGUGCCGACGAUGUACAAGAAAGACGAAUUUAAAUACGCCGAGAGCAAAGAGCUCGAUGCUAAGCUCUUGGAACUGCCAUAUGAAGGAAAGGAGGCAUCUUUCCUUAUCGUCCUCCCCAACGAAAUCGACGGUCUGCCAGCUUUGCAGGAGAAACUGAAGAACCCCACUGCCUUAGACAAAGCUGUUGCCGAGAUGCGCGAGGUGGAAGUCAACGUCUACCUCCCUAAGUUCAAGAUUGAAACUACUAUCGACCUGAAGAAAGUUCUGCAAAAGAUCGGCAUUACCAGCCUUUUCGACGCCGCCAAGGCCAGAUUGGACAAUCUCUUGAAGAACGAAAGCGGUCUGUACGUCAGUGAUGCCAUCCAGAAGGCUUUCAUUGAAGUCAACGAGGAGGGUGCCGAGGCAGCUGCAGCUAAUGCAUUUCUCGUGGAGGAGUCGUUGGCCCUAGUCGAAGAGCUGUACUUUGACGCCGACCAUCCAUUUAUUUUCCAUCUUAGGCAAGGAGCCCGUACACUUUUUAACGGAGUUGUCUAUUUCUGAAUUGUAUGUUAUACCAGUGUUCAUAAAAAAGUGAUAUAUAAUAGUGACUUAAAUACGAAACAUGAAUCAAAAUAAUGUUGUUCUAUUUUAGGUUAAGUACUUACACUUUUCGAUUACUUUUAGUGGGGUUAGUACUUAGUAAGUAGGAUAUCAUUCAUUUUAGUGAUUUAGCUACCCUACAUAGCAUUUUUUUGUCUUUAUAUUGCUAACCGCUUCUACCUCUCAAAUGAAUAAAAAUCAAAUAACCAAUUGUGAACAUUUUUUCUGAUUCUCACUGAUGGACUAAAAAUAAAAUAGAGACUAAUGUUUAAAGCAGA